AUGGACCGGGACCUGGUGGUGUGCAAUCCCAAGGAAGGCUUGCUGGAGCCCUCAUCAGCGGCCCUCUACAAGAGCGCCGCUACAACAGCGAACCUGACGGCGCCUCGCUGCCCAAGGUGGAGAUCGCAACCUGGGAUCCCUCCUCCUGGCCGCGAUGUUCCCACUGCCCCACACAGGAGCCCAGCGUGGGGUUUCUCCCCACCACCACCGAAUGGGAAGGGAAGCCUGGGCCCCUCCUACCAAGCUGUGGGGAUCCCCUACCACCCUGAGUGGGGAAGGCAGUCUGGUGUCCCCCCUCCUGGCUGCGGGGUUUCCAUGUCCCUGGUGGGAGCACAGUAUAGGGUCCCUCCUUUUGGCUACGGGGUUCCCCAGGUCCGCAAGUGGGACCGCAGCCUAGGGUCUCUCUUCGCGACUGGCGGUGGGUGGUUUCCACGGCCCCGAGUGGGAGCCCAGAAUGGGGUUCCCUCCUUUGGGCUAAAUGAUUCCCACAGUGGGCUGGUGCCGGCGCCAGAGUGCCAGGUGCAGCCGCCGCCCAACUCACCUCCGCCCGGCCGAGGCGCAAGCAGCUCCCUGCAGGGUUCCGAGAGAGCGACGAGUGGGAAAGCCCGCGGCCCCGCAGCCCAGCGCGGGAAGCCCCGGCUUGCACAGGGUCCCCCGCGCCACCCCUUCCAAACGCGGGACGCCGGGGAGCCCCGGGGAACGCGCGCGCCUCCAGACCAGGCUCAACACACAGCCGGCCGCUUUGUGCGGAGCUGUCACCCGAAGCCCGCCGCCACCCCCAAACGCGCCCGCGUGAGGCUCGAGUCCUUACCUCAGAGCGCUGGCCAGGGGGCGAGUGCUGCCCUGGGCUGCACCGGGCUGCACCGGACCGCCGGAUCCGCACUGCCAGCUGCAGCAGCUCGGCCGCCGCCGCUUCCGCCCCUAUCACGCCGUGACCCGGAGUGGGAGGAGCCCACAGGCCCAGGGAGCAGGAGGGUCCCGGCGCUCGCCCCGCCCCGAUGA